GAGAGCAUCCCGUCCUUACCAAUUUUAAGAGAUUCUACGAUCUCCAACCGCGUAUUCACAGACAAAUCAUUUUUGGGGAAGCCUCAUUCAAGCUUCGAGGAUGAUGCAGAUGUCUUCCCGGACAACGAGACGUUUGAGCAUCUGGGAGACGCUAUCUUGGGCUAUUGUGUCACAAAACUCAUCAGAAGCGUUUAUCCCAAACUGAACCCUGGCGGUGCAACCAUUGUGCGUUCUCGCAUCGUGGAGAACCGAAAUUUAGCCGCAAUAGCCAAAGCAUACCACAUGGACGAACGGCUCACAGUGAGCACCGCACAACCUUCUAUUAAGAACCACGAUCGAGCAUUGGUUAAUGCGCUGAAGGCGUACGUAGGAGGCCUCCACCAGCAAGGAGGAGAAGCAGCCCUCGAAUGGGUGAGGAAACUUCUAGGCCCCUUCAUAAGGGUUGCACAUUCCCGCAUUUCCCAUGAAAGAGACCAAGAACUUCCCCAGUAUUCUCCAUCAAGUCAAGACUUUCCCCGUCCGGGCACUUCGACUGAGGGUUUUCCGUCUUCCCCUGGGGAAUUGAGCGGCGCGUCAACCGGACGUGAGGGUAUAGUACCAAACGGCAUGUUGAGCCAGUUGAACGAGGCGCUGGCAAGGCGCGGGAUAGCUCUCGGCAUGCUGAGAUGGGAGGACCAGAUGCAGACCAUCGUUCACAGCCAGAGCCCAUCUUCCGUUAUCUGGUCAGUGACUGGCCAUUACGGCGGAGCGCAGAUAGCGGAAGGCCAAGGAACGACAAAGAAAGAUGCUAGGAAUAAAGCUGCCGGCAUGGCUUUGAGGACACUUAAACAGAGGGGGAUAUUAAACUAG